GGGAAACGGUGGUAUGGGUGUGAACACCGCGAACAUGGGUGCGAUGAAUAUGGGCGGUGUGAUGGGCGUUGGCGGGCAAGGUAUGGGCAUCGGGGGACAAAAUAUGGGCAUUGGUGGGCAGCAUAUGGGUAUGGGCGGCCAGAGUAAUGGUACGGGCGACCAUGGUAUGGGUUUUUCUGGAGGAGCAUCGGCGACUUCCUUUGGGACCGUAACCUGUUUCAUAUGCGGAAAAACGGGACACUAUUCCCGUAACUGCUGGCAAGCGGCCGGUAGACAACGGGCGGAAGAAGAUCCUGAUAUGAAGGGACUCCUUCGUAAGAUCGCAAAACGAGAGAAGGACGAGGAGGAGAGGAAGUUGCGAGAAGCGGAGGAGGAGAAAAAGAAACAGGAGCAGGAGAGACGGGAAGGCGAUAAGCUACGGGAGGCGGAGGCCAAGGAAGCCCAGAUUGAAGCUACGAUCGUACGUAUACUGUCACAGCGAAAGGAACCACUGAUGAUAGCUUCGCCACAACAGCCAGCACCCGAGAGUAGGAAGCGAUCACCGCGAACUAAGACGCGGAUGCUGCGCAAGAUACGAAGUUACAUCGCGGAGUCCGAUAAUGACAGUGAGGAGGUGAAGGAGGAGGCUGAUAAGUUGAUAAGAGGCGCUCGAAGGUUGGAAGAAAGGCAGGAAGAGUGCAGCCGUUCUGCGCGCAACUACUAGCCGGAUCACACGCACUCCAAGGAACAGCAAGACACGUCCAACUACUGGUGGGGAAGGUGCGAACAUGUUCGAGACACCUACAAAAGUUUGCUCUGCUUCGGGCUCGUACGAGGGAUUGGUGGACUACGCUCUUACACAGGCAAGGACCCUCAGUGAUUUGAAGGCUCCGGAUGUGAAGAAGAUCUGCGAUAGAGAGGUAUAGAUUACGUUGUGAAAGACCAAGCUAUUGACGACAUAGCUCGAUGCCGGACCAGACUUGCCUAUGAAGGUUUUUUUUAAAAGGAUCCGCUGACGCCUAGCAGCAGGCCUGCUGCGGAUAUUAACGGACGGUAAUCUGCACGUUCGUUUUUUUCGCGUUUUUAUAACUUUUGCGUGUAUUUUACCGUUUUUCGGUUCUCCAUGAUCGUGUGAUAGGUCCGUUUUGUGCCCGGUAUCGAUGCUCCGGAUCUAAUCAAUAUUGUGGACCCUU